GUCGCCAUAUUUUUGGGAUAUUAUUACGCGUAUGAGAGAAAAAUUACAGACCAUUUAACCUUUCAGAGUUAGGAAAUAUUUUGCAUUUCAGAUGUUAUAACAAAUAUUAUGCUAUUAUUAAACAAGAAUUUACUGAUAAUUUUCAGCUUUAUAAUAUUUCAAUAUUUGUGGAUUGUUUUCUGCGGAGAAAUAUAUAUUGGUGUUAUUCGGUCGAGAAAAUAUGAUGAACGAUGAAUGCAAUCAACGGACAUAGAUCUAUAUGAAUUGCGCUAAAUAUUGAAGAAGAUGAAAGACAUAUAUUCAUUAAUAUGCAUUUUUAUAUACUUGUAGAUGCACUCUGUCAUUUAUAUCAAUUUUAAUCACACGAACUCGUUCUGCUAAGACAUUCAGUGAACUGUACAGCUUUGGACGAUUUUUGUAUUAUUAUUUUUACCAAAAUGAGUGGUCUCAGACAGCAACCGAGGAAAGAUACCAAAAUGAGAAUUCGGGCGUUCCCAAUGACUAUGGAUGAAAAAUAUGUGAACAACAUAUGGGCAUUGUUGAAGAAUGCUAUUCAAGAAAUUCAGAAAAAGAACAACAGUGGCCUAAGCUUUGAGGAACUGUACAGAAAUGCAUACACCAUGGUGCUUCAUAAACAUGGUGAAAAAUUGUAUACUGGCCUUAGAGAUGUUGUCACUGAACAUUUAGUUACGAAGGUUAAGGAAGAUGUGCUGGGAGCACUCAACAAUAACUUCCUACAGACACUGAAUUCAGCCUGGAAUGAUCAUCAAACCUCUAUGGUCAUGAUCAGAGAUAUUUUGAUGUAUAUGGAUCGUGUGUACGUACAACAGAACAAUGUGGAUAAUGUGUACAACCUUGGGCUGAUGAUCUUCAGGGACCAGGUGGUCCGACAUCCUACCAUCAGGGACCAUCUACGUACCACAUUGCUGGAAAUGGUGGCCAGAGAGCGUAGGGGAGAGGUCGUUGAUAGGGGAGCAGUGAAAAAUGCUUGCCAAAUGUUGAUGAUACUGGGUAUAGACUCUAGGAAUGUUUAUGAAGAAGAUUUUGAGAGGCCGUUCCUUGAACAGUCUGCAGAAUUUUACAAAAGUGAGAGUCAGAAAUUUCUUGGGGAAAACAGUGCAUCAGUGUACAUAAAGAAGGUGGAGGCAAGAAUAAACGAGGAGGCUGAGAGGGCCACCCACUAUCUAGACAAGACGACGGAAGAUCCCAUUGUAAAGGUUUUGGAGGAAGAGCUGAUUAGUAAACACAUGAAAACAAUAGUAGAGAUGGAAAAUUCUGGAGUAGUACACAUGCUCAAAAACAACAAAACAGAUGACCUUGCAUGUAUGUACAAGUUAUUUAUUCGUGUGCCUGAGGGUCUGAAGACAAUGUGUGAGUGUAUCAGUGUUUAUCUGAGGGAACAGGGCAAGGCCAUUGUGUCGGAGGAGGGGGAAGACUCCAAGAAUGCAAUCACAUUUGUACAGAGUUUACUUGAUCUUAAGGAUCGGUUUGACCACUUCCUUCAUGAAUCCUUCAGUGAUGAUAAACAGUUUAAACAGAUGAUCUCCAAGGACUUCGAGUACUUUAUCAAUAUCAACCACAAAUCCCCAGAGUAUUUAUCAUUAUUUAUUGAUGAGAAGUUAAAGAAAGGAGUGAAAGGGAUGUCUGAGCAAGAGAUCGAGACUGUGUUAGACAAGAGCAUGGUUCUGUUCCGUUUCCUGCAAGAGAAGGACGUUUUUGAGAGGUACUACAAACAGCAUUUGGCCAGGCGUCUUCUGCUUAACAAAAGUGGAUCUGAUGACUCGGAGAAGAACAUGAUAUCCAAACUCAAGACUGAAUGUGGAUGUCAGUUUACAUCCAAGUUGGAGGGAAUGUUUAAGGACAUGACUGUAUCCAACACAAUCAUGGAAGAGUUCAAGACCUCCCUCACUGUAUCUAGUAUAAAGAUGGAUGGUGUUGAUUUAGUGGUUAGAGUCUUGACCACUGGAUUCUGGCCCACUCCUAAUGCCAACCCACGAUGCAAUAUACCACCCUCUGCAAGAACAGCCUUUGAGAAUUUCAGACGAUUUUACCUAAACAAACACAGUGGUAGAAUGUUGACCCUACAACCUCAACUAGGAUCUGCCGACUUGAAUGCCAACUUUUACGGACAGAAGAAAGACGAUGCUGGAGGGGCUGGAGCAAGCUCAAAAGAAGCCCGUAAGCACAUCAUGCAGGUCUCCACCUACCAGAUGUGUAUCCUCAUGCUUUUUAACAAGAGUGAAAAGUGGACUUUUGAGGAAAUCAAGAAUGAAACUGACAUACAAGAGCGGGAUUUAAUACGAGCAAUCCAAUCACUGUCAGUCGGAAAAGUCUCUCAGCGUGUACUACACAAAGAACCCAAAACUAAGGAAGUGGAACCCUCCCAUAUUUUCACAGUCAAUGACCACUUCACAUCCAAGCUUUUCAGAGUGAAGAUUCAAACAGUGGCGGCAAAUAAAGGUGAAGCAGAACCAGAAAGAAAGGAAACCAGGGUCAAGGUCGAUGAAGACAGAAAACAUGAGAUUGAAGCAGCAAUUGUCAGGAUCAUGAAGGCCAGAAAGAAGCUACAGCAUAAUGUACUAGUAGCAGAGGUUACUGAGCAGUUGAAAGCUCGCUUCCUCCCCAGUCCAGUCAUCAUAAAGAAGCGUAUAGAGGGAUUAAUAGAAAGGGAAUACUUAGCCAGAACACCAGAAGACAGGAAAGUAUACACCUACGUAGCAUAGAAGAAUUCUAAAAGUGGACAUUCUUUGUGUCUCCAUGCUACAUCAGGCCUCGUACAAGAGCGGACAUUUUAUGUUAUCUCCCAUAAUUCACGUGGCCUCCUACAAAAAGAAAAAAAACCUGUUAUUUGUUUUCCAUACAUGUCUCUGUACAGCAGGGGUUAUCAAGUUUUCUAGGAAAGCUCAGAUGUUAAUGGUGUAUGUGUGUUUUAUAUUCAUCACUCUCAUGUUCUUAGAUGCAUUAGAGUUUAAUUUAAAAAUGAGGGGAAUGCUGUGAGAUUGUGUGAAAAAUGAUGGGAGUACCACAACGCUGUAAAGUAUAUUUAUAUGUCAAAUAUGUAUAUUUCCACUUGUUGUGAAUGGCUUUGAACAGUAUGCAGACUUAUUAUUGCUGAUCAACUUAAUUAGUAUCUUUACGAGUUGGUGAAGAAUAUGGAAGAGGUGUGAAUGAACGCCAGUGUUGUCUUGUGCUAAGAAAGUUUGAAAUCUGAUUUGUUUUCCACAUGUUUACAGACAGUUACCUACAUCUACAGAUGGGAGGUCAGGUUUUAUAUGAAUACUUCAUAGCAUUUGUGUUGUUUAGGAGCAACUCUCUCUAUAUGGAUUAUGAAGUAUUUUCUUUUACUAAAAUGAGGGGUGUUCUUCUUAUACCUCAUAAUUUGUCAAUGUUUGAAAAUUCGUUCAAGAAGUUGAGCACAGAUAUGUAUUACUACUGUUAGAAUUGUUUAUUGAUAUUCCAAACUGAGAGGAAGAAAAUGCUCUCCAAACUACAAGUACCAUAGCAUUUACCAGUACCGACCCAUAGAAUGACUGUCAAAUCCACAUUGAACAGAAAAUUCCUUUGACCAUUUAGGAUAUUCUUUUUUGGAAUAAGAAUGAAUAAUAAAUUCAGCUGUUACUUUC